GACGAACAGCAAUCCAAUCAAGCCGACGACGAUUACGCAGCGGGGCGGCGGUAUGACUACGGCCAAGUGCGAUGCCAACAGGAUCCAUAUACGCAGUGGGUUGGUCAGUUUAAUCCACUCCUUCCACCAGAAAUUGAGAAGGUCGUCUGUGUUGUAUGUCGCAUGUCGCAUUAUAGAUAUACCUGCUGGUUCCACAUACAAUCGGAUAGAGGGUAUGAAACCGCACUUGUAAGAUGGUUGACUACAUCUGUAUUGGCCUUGUACUCCGUAGUCUCAAGACGACUAAUGCAAGGGAAAAAGGCGCCCUCGUGUUGCGCCAAUUGGACGACAAGCCGCCCGCAGACGUUAAAGUAGGGACCUCGGAUGGAUCCAUGGGGUAAUACAGGUUCUGUGGCUGAUUUCUGCGGGUUUACUAGUAUAGUACCAUCAAUGGUAGUCAGGUGUCUAUAGA